CCAUGAUUAUUUUUUUGUCAGAAUAAAAUAUUGUCUUAUGACUACAAAGCAAUCCCUGAUUUAAAAAAAAAAAAAACCCACAUCAGAGGACGCGCAUCUUCAAGUGUCUUCAUAUUUAUGGAAUAAAAGCAGCCAUCAUGUCGGGGAAGUCAGACGGGAAAAAGAAGUGGGCGGCCGUCAGGGGUCGCCUCGGCUCCUCGCAGGACUCGGAUACCCAGCUAGAGGCCAACCUGGAGAGUGCUGACCCAGAGUUGUGCAUCAGACUGCUGCAAGUUCCCACCGUGGUCAACUACUCGGGGCUGAAGCGUCGCCUGGAGGGCAGCAACCAGACAUGGAUGGUCCAGUUCCUGGAGCUGAGUGGGCUGGAUCUCCUCCUGGAGGCCCUGGACCGACUUUCGGGGCGGGGAUGCUCUCGCAUUGCCGAUGCCCUUCUGCAGCUCACCUGUGUCAGCUGCGUCAGGGCCGUCAUGAACUCCUCUGCAGGGAUCCACUUCAUUAUAGAGAACGAGGGAUACAUUCGAAAGCUCUCCCAAGCUUUGGACACUUCCAACACCAUGGUGAAGAAACAGGUGUUUGAGCUACUUGCUGCCCUCAGCGUGUUCUCUGCAGACGGACAUCGACUGGCACUGGAUGCCCUAGACCACUACAAGGGAGUGAAGACACAGCAGUAUCGCUUCAGUGUGAUCAUGAAUGAGUUGCAGGCCACGGAUAACGUCCCUUACAUGGUUACGCUCCUCAGUGUCAUCAACGCCCUCAUCUUCGGGAUGGAUGACCUCAGGCAGAGAGAUAAGAUGAGAAAGCAGUUUAUCGGGCUCCAGUUACUUGAUAUUCUGCCAAAGUUAAGGAGGAUGAAGACUUGAUCAUUCAAUGUGAAGCUUUUGAAGAGGCAAUGGCUGAAGAUGAGGAGGAGCUGCUGCGGGUCUAUGGGGGCAUUGACAUGAGUGAUCACCUGGAGGUUU